AUGCCCAUCGCUGACCGGUACGUCGUAGACACCACGGCCGACGCCAGUCUGCGACGCGUGCUCUCGGCUCUCGACGCCACACCGACGGACGGCGAGGCGGAUGCGCCGACGCUCCUGUCGCUUCCAGACGAGCUGCUGCUGCGCGCGCUGGUCGGGAUGUCUGCUCCCGACUUGUGCCGAUUCGGCCGCGCCUGCAAGGCUGCGGGCCACAUCGCCGGACAGGGCUGCCUCUGGCUGAGGCACUGUCACCCUCGUUUCUGGCCCGAGGGGUUUGGAGCGGACUGGCUCGGUGCCGACAGCUGGCUCGCCCUCGCGCCGAUCGGCGUCGCCAGCCGCGCAAUGCGCGUCGGCGCCGCAGCGCCAGGCCGUCGCCAUCACGACCGGCCUCUUCGGCACGACGACGGCGCCGCUCUCGCUCCUCGCCAAGCCGCGGAGACGUCCUCUGGCGGACAGCGGCGAAGCAGCCAGCCGGCGCCGAGGCCGGCGCAGCUCGUCGACUGGAAGCGGGUCUUCAUGCUCUCCCGCAUGUGGGGGCGCGUGCACGCGUCCUGCGCGCCGGGCGCGUCGCUCCUCGUGCACGACGGUCAGUUCGGCACCGGCCAGUGGGGCGCCCGGCUCCUCAGCCUCGAGGAGCUGUCCGCGCAGCUUUGCGGCGGCUGGCGUGGCGACGGCGCGCUGCUCUCUCUCACGGACACGUCUGGCUUCCAGACUCUCGGGUGCGCGCCCGACGGCUCGAUCUGGCUCGUCUCGGGGUUCAAUGAGCACCGAAAAUCGGCCAGCUGGGCCGAGUUCCUGGAGCGAGUGCUGCAGACGACCGUAUGA